UCCGCUGACCGAUCCAUAAUAAAAUAUCAUGUGAUAAUGUAUCGCUUGUAGUUUUGAUAACAACAUAUGUGCAACUUAGUAUUUUGCCUAGAAAAACUCCUUCAAAAGUUAUUAUUCAUUUUGGUUGAAAAUUACUUUUACGUUGACGUUUUGUUUUAUUUGUUUGUGUAAUUUUUAGAGUUUUUUAAACAUGAAUUUACCAGCAUUAGCAAGAGCUAGUAAGUAUAAUAAUUGCUUUUGUAUACAAUUUAAUUAUAAAUUAAGAACUAAUUAAUUUCUUAUUAUUACCCAGACCAAAAACUUAUGAAAUUAAAAUUGUUCGUCAUGUAAAUAAAGUCCAUAAAAAAAUAAAAGUAACAAUUUUAAUCAGUUUAAAUUACCAAUCAUAUUUAACAAAUGUAUUCUAAAUGAUCUGUUUCAACUUAUUUAUUAAACUAGGAACAUACCUAUUAUACUGUUAAUUAUUUAUCUUUUAAACAUGUAUGUUAUUGAUCAAUAUUUAUGUUACUUAACAGGUAUGGUAUAGAUUAUGAAGAUAUUUAUUGUUAUUGUUUUAGGUAAUGCUGUUUUGCGGUCAUCUACUUUAGUUCCAUUGAGAUUAUCAGCCCGAACCAAUUAUAUAAAUGUGAAUAGAGAUGAUGAAUUUGAAAAUUUAAGUUGGGGACGCAUGACAGAUCAGGCUAUCUCUUAUGCGUUUAUGACUGAAAUUUGUAGAGGUAAUUAAGCUUGUAGAUAAUUAUGAACAAUUAUUUACAGUAAAGUAAUAAAAUGGGACCAACAAAUUUAAAUAAUAAAAUAAAUAAAUUUUGUUAUUUUUUUUUUUAUGACAUUAACUAUUAAUUUUUUAUUCCGUAAAUAAAAUCAUUAUUGGUUUUCUAAUUUGAAGUUAGGUACUUAGGUAUCUUUAUAUAUUUUCUUAGUGGUGAAACUAGCAAGAUUAAUUAUUCAUUUAUUAAACACUUGUAAUAUAAGUAUACUUACCACAAAAGAAAAAAUGUAUACACGAUAAUUAAAAGUUUAGUCAUUGUUAAAAACUACAUUCAUCUUAUAAUGACAUUGUUUCUUCUUAAUCCUAACUAUUCGUCGUCCACCCUUGUUUUUUACUUCCACUUGACCAGAUCCCCUGCAUCGUCCUUGCAUAAACCCGCUGUCCUUAUAUAAUUUGAUCCUCAAUUGCACCCAACCACAUUAUUUUUGAUCUUCUUGUCUUCUUUCCUCUUACAUCCAUUUUUGUUAAAUUUCUUACUGCUUCUGAUUCCUCUCCUUAUGACAUGCCCAAACUAUCUCUGUCUAUUUUCCAUUAUUUUGUCCACUAUCGACAUCACAUCUCAGUUACCUCUUAUGUACUCAUUUCUUCUUAUCAUAUCUUAUUCUGUCACUCCAUUUAUUUACCCAAGUAUUUUCAUCUCUGCUACACUUAUUCUCAUUUAACUUACUCUUACUUUGAAAUUUUCCGUUAUUCCACAUAUACUUAUUACUCGUAAUUUAGGCUAUCAUCUGUCAAACUAACACUAUCUUGUAACUCCUGUUCUCAUUAAUGCCCACAUCAGAACCUCUCUCAGCACUUUUAUGGUAAUAGGAAAAAAAGAACAAAAAUUUAAAAUCUUUAAAUUAGUAAUUAACAUAUCUAUAUAUAUGAUUAUUAAUUAUUGAUGACACUCAGACACGUACAUAAAAAUAAAAAUUGAGAGGGGGAGUUCAUACAAAUUUACAAUAAUUAAUUUUUAUGUUAAAAUAUUAAAUUUAUAUAAAUAAAUUACACAACUAUUAAUUUUCAGUUGAAUUACUCGCUGUAUACGUGCCUGGUGACAUUGUACUAGACUGUAAUUUAUAAUAAUUAUCCAGUAUAAAUUUUAUUUUAUUAGGUCUUAAUAUGGUUUCCAGUUUCUAUAUUAUAUAAUAUUAUAAUAUUAACUUAUAAAUUGGGAAAGUAUCUAUAGCUUAAGUGGUAAAUUUUACUGUUGUGAUGUUCUGUGAAUUGAGUGAAGUCUGUUGACAUUCAUAGGUAUACGUGAAAAGUUUAGUAAAUAUUAUUCUGUACUUUUAUUUAAGUGAACAUUUGUUGUAGAGUCACAUACAUUUUAUUUUAAUGGACAUUUUUAAAUUUAAUAAUGGUGGUGAGGUGAUAGGCUUUGAAGAGUAUACUUGUACAACCAAGUCCUUGGGGAAAAAACUAUUUUACUUGGUAAUGUUUACCAAAGAAUACUACAAAUUGUCCUGAAAUCCUAAGAACUAGUAUUCUAAAAACUGACCAUUCUAUAACAACUAAGCAUAAUCAUGUUGCAAGUGAAUCUGAUAUCAAUGUACCUUCUAAAGGCUUUAAUGUACUCUGUUACUGAUUAUUAAUAGUCAUGAUAGUAAAUUACUAUUUUAAAGAUUUUAAUUUAUUCUUUUUUUUCCCUUGAUCUUAUUUUCUGUUGUUCUUUUAGAUUCUAAGCAAAGUGAGUUAAGUUUUACAACGAUGUUUAUUUUAUUUUAUUUUUUUUUUUUAUCUACAGUAUACAAUUUCUGUUAGAAAUCUUGCUCUAAUUUUCAAGUACCUUUUUUAAAAAAAAGAAAACAUUUUUUAUCUAGUUGGUACUUUACAAAGGUAAUUUUUUGAUUUUCCAAGCAGUUUUCAUAAUAAUUGGAAAAAACACUGGACAAUUUACGAAAAUAAUGAUUUUAUUAUAUUAUAUUAAAUUUUAAUUUAUUUUUUUGUAAUUCAGUUUAAAAUAUUCAGAGAUUUGAAAUUCAUACAGAAAACAUAUGUUUGCCUUUUAUAGAUUUACUAAAAUUUUCAAAAAAUUUGAGAAAUUCUUGAGCUUUUUAUAAAAAUGUAAAUUUUAUGAGUUUUUUACAUAAUUUGUAUUUGGUAGGUAAUUUGCAGAUAAAAUUAUUAAACCAAACAAAUAUACUUGACAAUUUAACAGGAGGUUCAUUAUAAGUUAUACUUAGGGGUCAACAAGAAAAAGUUGAGUUUAAUAUAGUAUUUUUUUUUUUUUUUAUAAGAAUUUUAAUAUCAAAUUUUGACAAAAAUUGUAAAUAUUAUUGCUUUUUAAAACAUUUACAACUGAACUGCGCCCAGAAUCUUUUUUUUUUUUUUUAGCAAUGAUUAAUUGUUUCAUCCAGAUAAGCAUUCAAUUCCACUCUAUAUCCUACCCUUCCAACUUUUCACCUACAACAGUAGUCCAUUCAUUGUGGGAAGUAUGUCCAUUUCUUUUUCCAUUGGUCUUUUUUGUUUGUUCCUUUUUUCCCUGAUAUUUUUUUCCAAGAUUCUUCUAUUAUAAACUUUCUCAAAAUCUAUAAAAACCAUACAUUGGUUUUUCUUUCUGUACUUUUCUAUAAUUUGUUUCACACAAAACACCGGUUCCAUCGUUGAUCUCUCUGGCAUAAAAACCCAACUGGUUCUUAGUUAUGAAUGUCUCACUUCUAAUUUUUUUUUCUAUAAUUUUUAUCUGUAUUCAUACUAUGAUUUGUUAAUUCCACCUCAAUGAUGAUGCUUAUUGUAAGUAAAUCAAAAUAUUGUAAUAUUCUUAUUCUGUAAAAAUAUUCAAUUACGCUAUACAAAUUACAUUUUUAUUUUUAUUAUGUAUUAUCAUAUAUAUAAUAACAUAGAAUUUCUUUCUCUAUCUGUCUGUACUAUACUGGCUAUAGCAACUACUACUAUUACUAUUAUAAGGUAUUUUUUCAAUAGUCUUUUUUUAGACUAAAAAUUAGUCUAGUUCAGCAAUGAUAAACCAAGAUGAGGGCAAAACCUACAGUGAUUUUUUUUUUGUAGGGAAAGGACAUUUAAAGUCUAGUUAUUUUCUAGUAGUUUGUAAAAAUUCAAAAGAUUGACAUUUACAAAAAGAUAAAAUAUCCAUGACUCAGUAAUUGGGUGAUGAUAGUUUAUCUUAGUUUGCUGUCUUUAGUAUACAAUAGUAAUAUACUUAUUUAUUAGAGAUGUAUGUAGUAUGUACAUUAUAUUUAUUUUAAUUUUAAAACUAAAUUAAAUGGAGUUUAGAAUUAAAACUUGUAUGCUUGUUCACAUCUUUUUCAAAAAUUAUGUUUUAAAUUUCUUAGUAGUUUGUUAAAAGUAAUUAAAUAAAACAUACAUUUCUGUAAAAUUUGAACUUUAUUGAAAAAUAGAAAGAAACUUAAAAUAUAUUAUAUUACUAAAUGCUGUUAUAAAAAUAUGUUUAAUUUAUAUAGGUUCUGCUGUAGCUUUGGCUCAUUUUUUCAAAGAACCAGCAACUAUUAACUAUCCAUUUGAAAAGGGACCUCUGUCUCCGCGUUUCAGAGGAGAACAUGCUCUUAGACGUUACCCAUCUGGUGAAGAAAGAUGCAUUGCCUGUAAACUCUGUGAAGCUAUUUGUCCAGCUCAGGUAAAAUUACAAUUUUAAUUCGUAAUUAUAAGAAUAUAAUAUUAAUAUUGGGUUACAGCCAUGGUUUAUUAGAUAAUCAUGGUCACAAUUAUUUUAAUUCUUUGUAAAAUUAAUCUAGUCUAUGAACUGGAUGUCUUGAUUAUACAAUUAAUUAGAUCAUGAAUUUGAAUGAAAAUACAUAAGACACUGGAUUUUAAUAAAACUAACAUUGUACAUUUUCUGUAAUAUAGUAUGUUGGUUUCUACAUAUUAUAAUAUUAUAAUAUCAUUAUUUUGCUAACCUUUUUUUUUUUUAAAUUUUAUUUUUACACUAAUUUUUCAAAAUUAAAACUACAUGUGUUCUAACUAUUAGGUAACUUUAAUAAUAAAUUAUUCCACUAUUAUUUGUUUUUAAAAUAAUUUACAUUAAAAAUUAUAUUGUCAAAUGCUAACAAAUUUUCUAUAUGAGGAAGUAAUGUAUUCAAUAUAAAUUGGUUGACAUACUAAAGUCAAUUGAAUUAAGUAUUGUUAUCAAUACUAAUGUGAGGUCCAGCAAUAUAAUUACACAAAGUAUACAACAUAUUUAUUUAUUUCAUGUUAAUACUACUAAUAAGUAGGUUUAUUAAUAUUUCCUAUUUGGAUAAAUUUGACUAUCUAGGAAUCCAGCUCAUAAAAAUAUUGAAUUGAGUAAAUGUAUACAUUAUAUUUGUAACACAUUAUUUUUUAUUUUUUUUGGUAGGCCAUUACUAUUGAAGCUGAAGAAAGAGCUGAUGGAAGCCGACGUACUACACGCUAUGAUAUUGAUAUGACUAAAUGUAUCUACUGCGGUUUUUGCCAAGAAGCAUGCCCUGUAGAUGCCAUUGUUGAAGUAAAAUAUAAUUCUUUACAUUAUGAUAUAUUUUUUGCAUUCAAUCUACUUUAUAUAUGUAUAUUGCAUUUUGUACCAAUUUUUUUUCAGGGUCCAAAUUUUGAGUACGCUACUGAAACUCAUGAAGAACUUUUGUACAACAAAGAAAAAUUAUUAAACAAUGGUGAUAAAUGGGAAUCAGAGAUUGCUGCUAAUAUACAUGCUGAUCACUUAUACCGCUAAUAAUAAUAAUAAUAAACAUAUAUUAUAUGUUAUAGUUUUUUUUUUAGUCAUAAAACUGAUGCCUAAUAAAAACAUUAUUUGUUUAUAUAUUCAUUUUUUAUCAUAUUUUUUUUUUAUCUUCAAGAAAGUUAUGAAAAAAUAACAAUAGAUUAAGUGGUCUUUAGUAAAUUUAUUAAUGUCAGAAUAAAUAUUACUCAAAAUUAGUGUUCAAUUAUUUGAUAUGAUUAAAAUUUAAAAAUGUUAUUAUAUUUUGUUUUAUUGAUCACUAAACAAAGAAUUCAAUAGCUUAUGAUUCUAAUCAUAAAGACAUUGAAAAAUGAAAAUUUUUUUUAUGGCAUAUAUUUAGUCUGUUUAAAACUUAACUAAAUACUAAACCAGUAUUUUUGAUACUGUUCUCCAAUGAAUAGCUCAACAAAAAUAUAGAUGAUAACAUUAUAAUAUGUGAAUUGUGCUUUGUACAGUAGUAUUAUUUUUGUCAAAGUGAUUGAAAACUGUGAUUUUUAAUUACCACACACGCAACAAAAAUAUUUAGUUGAUUUUACUUAAUAAUAAUAUUUGUUUUG